AUGCCCGCCACGCACCGUCGACGAGGCCCCUCCUCCCCGGACUCUCCUCUCGGCCACCUCCACGACGGCGCCGAUGCCCCCGACAUGCUGAGGAACACCUCGAUGGAUCUCGCUGCUCGCAAAAUCCAACAUGUGCACGGUCGCUCCCAGUCCCAGAGCACCCCCCAUAUCCUGGCGCUACACGAGUCCGAACUAAACGCCGCCAAUACCCUCCCCGCCCCCAUCACUCCGCGCGCAGCACCCGUGACAUGGAUGUCCCUGCCGCGAAAGAGCCAAUUGGCCCUCCUCGGUCUAUGCCGGGUCUUCGAUUUCCUCCAGAUCGCCUCACUGCAGGCUUACAUGUUCUACCAGCUCAAGUCGUUCGAUGAGAACCUGUCCGACUCGGACGUUGCGACUCAGGCUGGUAUUCUCCAGGGUGCCUUUACCGCGGCCCAGUUCGCGACGGCGAUUCCCUGGGGCCGGGUUGCGGAUGCGGAAUGGGGUGGUCGUCGCUUUGUGCUGCUGGUCGGCUUGAUAGGGACGGCGGUUUCGUGCUUGGGUGUUGCCUUUGCGACGUCGUUCGCGCAGGCCGUGUUCUGGCGCUCGUUUGGCGGUGCGAUUAAUGGGACUGUGGGUAUUAUUCGGACCAUGAUUGCCGAGAAUGUCAAGGAGAAGAAGUAUCAUUCGCGGGCUUUCUUAAUUCUGCCGAUUGGGUUUAAUAUUGCGUCGUUGUUUGGUCCUGUUAUGGGUGGUAUGUUGGCGGAUCCGGUCAAGAGUUACCCACGCCUGUUCGGACCUAACUCGUCCUUUGGCGGCGAGAAUGGCGUUCAGUGGCUGGAGACGUACCCUUAUGCCCUGCCUAUGCUGGCCAAUUUCUUCUUCCUGUGUACUUGCGCUGGCCUGGUUGGCUACGGCCUAGAAGAGACCCUGCUUUCUUGCAAGGGUAAGCCUGGUCUGGGAUCCUUCGCUAUGAAGCUCUUCGCUCGCAGUGUGAGAACUGUCGUUGGAACUUCUUCGCCCAUUUACUCGAGACUUCCCUUCCGUGAUUACGACGAAGAUGGUCCCCUGCUUGGUCGGCCCUUGGAUCGCUCCGAGAGCUAUGAGCUUGAGGAGAAGGCUUCCAAGCCUAUUCGUGUCAAGCGUGCCCUGCCCUUCCGUAGGAUCUGGACGAAGAACGUCUUGUGUACUCUUGGGGCACAGGCGUUCUUCGACUUUCAAAUGGGUGCUUUCAACAACUUGUGGCUCCUCUUCCUGUCAACUCCGCGCUACGACCCCGAUGACCCGGCUAGCCCCGCCCGGAGUCUGCCAUUCGUCUUCACUGGUGGCCUGGGUAUGCUCCCGCAGAGCGUCGGCUUCGCCACCGCUAUUCUCGGCAUGAUCGGAAUGUUCCUCCAAUUCACCAUCUAUCCCUCCAUCAAUGGCCGUCUGGGCACGGCCAAGAGUUAUCAAUACUUCCUCUCCCUCUUCCCGCUCGCUUACGCCCUGGCUCCUUAUAUCUCUCUCGCACCAUCUACAAUUCCACCUCCCGGGCAAGCCAACGGGCCCUGGGUCUGGUUCUGGAUCAUCAUCGUGCUUUUCUUCCAGGUCACCGCCCGCACCUUCACCCUCCCCACUUCCAUCAUCCUACUCAACAACUGCUCCCCACACCCGUCGGUCCUCGGCACUAUCCACGGCAUCGGCCAAUCCGUGUCAUCCGCCUUCCGAACCAUCGGCCCCAUUUUCUCGGGUGCCUGGUACGGAUAUGGCCUGGAUAUCGGCAUGGUCGGAUUCGCAUGGUGGCUUAUUGCCCUUGUCUCGGUGUUCGGCUGUGUAGCGGCCGUUUUCGUGUACGAGGGCUCUGGCCACGAGAUUGUCCUUCCUGGUGAGGAGGAUGACUUUGACCAUAGCCACUAG